AUGUCAGGGAGGUUACCAUCUUUGAGGGACGCUGCGUCGAGCAAGAAGUCAACCCCCAAAUUCAAACCGAAAACUGUAGCACGUAAAUCAAAGGAAGAGAGAGAGGCUAACGCGGCCCGAGCAAAAACUGAGAAAGAGCUUGCCGAUGCCAGGGAACAAUUGAAGAAAAAACAGGGUCCUGCUCCACCAGGGGAGAGGAAAAAGCGGGUACCCAAGUACCUGACUAACACACACGUAGUAUCUAGUGGUCCUCUAGCUGCCGGGAAUUUUGUUGGUGAAAGUGGGAAUAGAGCUAGAAGCGGGUUUACAUCCAGCGGGGGUGGAGGUGGCAGUGGCGGGAUGAGCCGAGGUUUCGUCAAAAUGGAAGGUGGGAACACUUCUCUUGUACACAAGGGUCUAGAAACUAUCGAGAACCAUGCACAUCAGAGUGACUCUGAGCCAGAAAGUGAUCAAGAGGACAAAAAUACUAAGCACUCCAUCAAAUUCAAUAUGGGGAGAGAGUACAAGGUUGGUGAGACAAAUCAAGAUCUUGAUAACUACAUUGAAGGGGAGGAUGACGAUGGCGAACUGGAAACAGAGGAUUUGCUUCACGCCAAAAGAAUAGAACAGUUGUUCCCGGUGAGACCACUUCGUGUAAAACACGAUGAUGUUGACGCACUGAAAAGACAUAUCCAAGAGUCGGUGAGUGUUGCAACCACACGUGAACAGACGCCGAAGUUGGUACCAGAGUUGCCGAUUAAGUCCGAGGAGGAACCAACUUUGGAUGAUCAAUUGAGGCACAGAGAAAGUGAAUUACAGCAUAAAUUGAGUGAGUUAAACGUGGAUACUGAAUUUGGGGGUAUAGAUGUUGAAGAAACCCGGUCCGAAUUGUCCAGACUCGCUAUAGAUUACAAAAGGAUACGUGAUAAGGUUCUCAAAAUCGACAACAAACCAAACCGUUUCAUGCUAUUUCAACUGCCACAUCGGCUACCUGCAUUUCAAGAUAUUACCCCAAAGACCGAAGAAGGUUCAGGUGCUGCUGCAGAGGAUGAUGUGCCAGAAAUCCCAACCGAAGAACAUUCGACAGAAAAAAACACAGAAGAAUCUAAGAUCAAAAGCAAACGCAAUCAGCAUAAGAAGAAAAAGGCUUCUAUACCUCAAAAUGAACUAGUUGGCGCUAUCGGAACCCUGAGAGUUCACAAGUCCGGGAAAAUAUCUGUUGAGAUAGGCGGUAUCCCAAUGGAGGUCAGCAGCGGAGCAGAAACCUCUUUUCUCCAAGAUUUGGUGGCGUUAAAUGCACCACCAGAAAUUACAGGAAGUGAAGAAGAGCCUGCCACAGGGUUGAAGGGAUCGAUUGAACAUUUGGGUAAAAUUGAGAGCAAAAUAGUGGUCACUCCUAAAAUUUAA